AUGAACUUCGAUGACUUGCUGAAAAUACUGGGAGAUCUUGGAACAUAUCAAAGGCAGAGAUAUGCCUUACUGUGCAUAGUUGCGGUUUACUCUGUUACAUCCACAGUUGGUAUUGUGUUUUACGGCAUAGAGCCUAACCAUCACUGCAAGAUACCUUCAGCAUACGUCGAUGUUGUCACCAGUAAAUAUGGGAAUGUUUCGCAGGAGGAACUGCUGAAUCUAAUCAUACCACUCACAGACAAGGGUGAAAGGAGUUCUUGCAAACUGUAUACAUUCGAUGAAUGGUCUACCAACAGCAAAACAACGUGGUUUCUUGUAAAUGAAACAUUUUAUUACGACACCGCCCGGGGAAAUAACAAGAACGCGUCUUGGACGGCCAUCAAGCACAAAGGGAACAAUAACCAGGUUGGUCCACCAAGUUCAUCAUCGUGUCCAGAAGGGAGAGUGUACAGCUCUGACCAGUAUGAGUCGACCAUCGUGUCAGAGUUUGAUCUCGGUUGUGAGAACGCUUGGCAGAUGAGUACUUGUAAUACCGUAUUCUUUACUGGCAAAUUCUUAUCAGUCUUCCUCACUGGAUGGCUCUCUGACAGAUUUGGCCGUCGUCCCGUCUUCCUAGCCAGCAUUAGUAUUCAGGUUUUAUCUGGAAUAGCUCUGGCUUUUGCCCCUAACAUGCUUGUCUUCAGCAUUCUGUUCGUAAUCCAAGGCGCCUCUGAUUCAAGCGCCUUCAUUGCCAUGUACACGUUGGGUAUGGAAUUAGUAGGUGUCAGUAAAAGAAGGAUACCUGCGAUGGGCAUAGGAAUAUUUUUUGGUUUGGGACAUAUAGUAAUGGCAUUCGAGGCUUAUUUUUUACGCAAUUGGCGUCACCUAGCCUUGGCAGCAUGUUCCCCUGGAGUUCUGUUUGUGUGUUUUUGGUGGUUUUUCCCUGAAUCAGUACGAUGGCUGCUAGCACGAGGUAGACACGAGGAGGCAGAGGUGAUCAUAAAACGCAUUGCCAAUGUCAACAAAGUGAAGUUGGAACAAGAGGCUGUGGAUCGUCUGUUCAGGGACGGCGAAGAGGAUCACCGUGGGACAACAUAUACCCACAUUGAGCUGUUCAAGACCUGGAGAAGGGCUUUUAUAACUUCUGUACUGGCUUUCAUUUGGAUGGCGACUAUGAUGUGCUAUUAUGGGUUAACUCUGAAUGCCAAGGGUCUGGGAGGUAGUCUAUAUCUCAGUUUUGCCCUACUUGGAGCAGCGGAUAUCCCAGGGCUAUUGGCAGCCGCCUUCUUCAUAGACAAAUUUGGGCGACGGAAGAUGAUCUUUGGGACAAGCUGUCUGGGUGGCAGUCUUUGUAUCGCGUCUGGACUGAUUCCAACGAGUACGUUCUAUCUCACCAUUACAUUUGCCACACUUGGGAAAAUGUUGAUCACUCUGUCUAAGGCGGUUUUUAGCAUGUUUUUAGUAGAGAGUUACCCAACUGUUAUCAGGCACAUGGGGUUGAGUUUUUGUUCGUCAGUCGCCAGACUUGGAAUCGCAAUCACCCCUCAGAUUCUCACACUAGGUAGUGUGUACAGACCACUUCCUUUCAUCGUAUUCGGCUCAGUGUACAUAGGCGCUGGGUUCCUGAUGUUCUUAGUUCCUGAGACUCUGAACAAUCCACUUCUGCAGACCGUGGAAGAAUGGGACGUCGUGCUGGAUAGGAACAUCCUGGGUUGCACGUCAAAGAAGAAUGGAAAUGAGGCUCAUGAUCAAGGCGCCACCACUACUAGUGAAGGUUCUGAAUUGUGA